UUCGUGCCCAGUGUAUCAGUCUCAAGUCCACUGUCGUUAUCGUAGUCCCACUUUCAUCGCCUCGGUUUUUAAAAUCGAAGAGUCAAUUCACUGUUUUUUUUACGUGGAACAUUACAAGCAUCAAAUUCCAAGACAAGGGGGUAUAAAGAAUACGGCUAGAGGGUUUUAUUUUCUUAAUAUCUGAGAGAUAAAGCAGUCAACAUGUCAGUGAGAACGUCAACUACAAGCAAGAAGAAAUCCAAGCAACGGAAGAUUUCAAGCUCCAGUAUCCGCAGUGACAGCCCCAUUGUUAAAACAGCUGCAAGUCUUAGUCAGAUUUCUAAACCCAAAAAGAAGAAAGUGCUAAAAGAAGGUGAUAUGUUCAAGGAACGAACAGUAUCUGCAAGAACCUUCUCACGUUGGAAACCCAUUAGUAAAUCAUCUCAGGCAUUGCUUGUUCAAACAAUCGAUAGUGCCAUCGUGUCUGUUUUAUCGGAGACAAAUUCUGUGGCUUAUGUUGAUGUACAAGGCAUUCUAAAUAGGCUAAAAAAGAGGAUACUUGACAAGGCUUGGAAUCUAAAAGCACCUGUAACUAAACGCCCAAAAUUCAACACUUUGGAGGCUGCUUGUCGAAGGAUAGAAAGUGAAGCUCUAGAAGCAUCGAAUCAAGAGGAACUCCUGUCUGAAAUGGUGGAGCAAAUGAGAAGGACAGUGCAAGAAAAGGAGGAAAUCUUAGAAAAACUUGACAAAGGCAGCAGUGAAGCAAGAAAGGAGAAAUCCUGAUAUGAUGAGAGAGGGGGAGAGAUUACAUUUGGUUUAAAGAGAAAUUCCAGUAGUUGCAGAAAACACUGAUUUCAUGAGAAAGUCUGUAAAACAAUGCUUAAUUG